GGUUAUGAAAGUUCACCUGAGGAAACAACAGAUGCUAACAGUAAUGGCACAAAUAAUAUACCAACAGGCGAUGAAUCAGAUAAUGGGCCAUUAUAUAAAGUAGAAUUGACUUAUCGCAAUAUUAAUACUAAAAAAUGUUAUGCUUUAGGAUUGAUUAAAACACUUGAACUCGAGACAAUUUGUAAAGGUCUUGGCUUAUCGUUAUUUAAAAGAGACGGAAGUCCUCAAGCUUUAGGUGCCGUUAAUUAUGCAAAUGAUGUAGAAUGGAUAUGUCAAAUAUCUAUGGGCACACCACAACAAUCAUUUCUUGUGGCCUUAGAUACUGCAAGUGCAGAUCUUUGGGUUCCUUGCAUCGAUUGCGAAAAUUGCCAAAAUAAAAGGCUGUUUGAUUACAGUCAAAGUUCUACUUAUCAAGAAAAUGAUGAUAACUUCUCCAUCACUUAUAUGGACGGUUCAAGUUCUAAUGGUUGGAUGGAAAUGGAUACUCUUCAAGUUGGAUACAUGUCUAUUCAAAAUCAACAAUUUGCCAUGAUAUAUAGUAUAAGUAGUGCAUUCCAAAAUGAUGUUAUUGACGGUAUUAUAGGGUUUGGUAUGUUUAAAUUUUUAUUUAUUACUCCUUUCACAAAUAUGUAUAAUCAAGGUCUAAUUCCUCAACAAAUAUUUUCAGUACAAUUGCGUCCUGCACGAAACAAAACUACUUAUGGUGGAAUAUUCAUAUUUGGCGGCAUUGAUUCUCGUUUGUAUCAGGGUCCUAUAACAUAUACGCCUGUAACUUAUAAAUUAUUUUGGCAAAUUGGAAUCGAUGCCGUAGAAUAUAAUGGAAAGAGUGUUACUAAAAGUUCGAGUAGUCAGAAACAACAAGCUAUAGUUGAUACUGCAACUGCAUUACUUAUUUUAGGAACAAGUGUAGUGAAAACACUGCACCAAAAGCUAAAAGGAAAAUAUGAUUCUUCUUCAAAUACAUGGAAAGUUCCUUGCAAUUUGAAAAAUAAUGUAAAAGUGUCAAUUAGGAUUAAUGGUGUCUCACUUCAGAUUAAUUGUAAGUUUACCAUGUAA